AUGGCCUUGGAACAGAAAAAAAGCGAAUUAUCUAUUACGAAGCCUGACUCGACAUUCGCACGCUACAGCUACGAUCAAUUUAAAAAAUCAAGGUCAGCAAAGUCUGUGCCACACGAAUCAUUAGACUUUACGAUAUACAAAUCUAGCUCAAACUGUGUGGCAUUUUUAACGUCCGAAGAACGCUUGAUAAAAUGGAUUCAAGCGAUAUAUGAACGCUACCACGUGCGAUUACAAGAUGCGACAACGACAUCGAAGAUGAAAGCGGUUUGGGAGGAACUACAAAACGUAAGCGAUACCUCAAAAACAGAUAAAAUUUCUAUCCACCUCUCACUGCAGAAUGAUGAUAUUGUAGAAAACAUUGUCACGAUAAUAAUAUAUUGUACCACGGGGAGAAUCCAAAUACAAGGAAAAUCCCUUCACGAGUGGGGAGAUGUUGAAUUUAAUGUUCUGCGUAACAUGGUAGACGGAAAACCCGAAUCCAAAGAUCUUGAUGAAUUUAUCGAAGCCAUCACCCAGAAAACUUCUGGCGAAACAAAGAACACAAACGAGGACUGCAAGAUUGCUAAGUCAGAAAUAAAACCGGAGAACGAAAAGAUAUCGGACAUUGCCCCAAAUAACCCUGAGCAUUCAACAGAAAGCCCAACAAGAGGCAAAUCAUUCAACGAAGUAAAACACUCAGUAGCAACCCUGGAAUCUGAGUUUGUCUUGUUUAAACAAGAAACCCUCAAAAUAUUUGAGAACAUAAAAAUAACAAUGAAAGAGAAAGAUGAUGAGAUAACCGAACUAAAACAAAGGGUUGCUUCACUUGAGGCAACAAAUGAACUUCUACAAAACGAAGGAAAUGACUAUAAACUAUUGAUAAAGAAACAAAAUACGCUAGAAAAGAAAGUUAAGCUACUGACACAUGACAACAAACAAAAAUCUCCCACUACACCAAUACCACCUACAGAAGAGCAACCAUUAACAACCCACUACACAAUCCCAAUAAGCAAUAUGUUCAACCCACUAGAUAAUGACUGUGAAGAAAAUGGAAAACCCACAACGAAGAAAACUGUCACUGCUGAAACAAUUAUACUGUGUGAUUCAAAUGGAAAACACUUAGAUCCAAAACUUCUUUGCCCUGGCUCACCUACCCAAUACAUAAGAUGCCCAACAGUAAAUGGAGCUACAAAAAUACUCGAUGAGUAUGAGUUUACCUCCCCCCAGACCUUCGUCAUCCAUUCAGGAACCAAUGACAUUGAAAGUACCAAUUGCAAAGAAGUCUGCAACAAACUUACAACCCUAACUACGUACAUAACUACAAAAUACCCAGACUGCCGAAUCCUACUUUCAAGUCUCCUUCCUCGAUCCGACCAUCUUCUACAACGAGUUCAACUGCUGAAUAGCGAGAUUGAAAAGAUCCAAUCACCAAACAUAAUUCAUGUGAAACACCAUAACCUCUUCAGAUCCACAAACAUCUUAUAUGACAAAAAACACUUAAACCGGAAAGGUGUCAAGUUGUUUGCCAAGAAUUUGAAAGGGGCUUUCGUUGCCAGAAAGAAUAACAAAACAAAGCAGCAACAUUCUCACAGCAACCUCUACAACUACCAUUACCCUGGAAGAGACCAUCAUCAUCUGAUGCCUCGAAACUAUCCACCACCAAGCUUCCAACCACCGACAUUCCAUCAACCACGACCACCGACAUUCCAUCGGCCACAACCACCAACAUUCCAUCUCCCUCAGCCACACCAACCAACACUCAGCCAUCCAAAUAAAUCAUGGCACAGGACGAAAUCAGUAGCUAUCAUCAUGGUUAAAGGUGGCGUAAAGCGAUGUUAUUGGCGGCUUUAUUCACAUUUAAUCAGUUUGAUUAAAUUUAGUAAAUGUACCUAA